AUGGGUAAUAUCGUCAGAAAUAUGCCGACUAAAAUAUAUAAUCAGAAUGAGAGUAGUUUUCCUGAUAACGAUCCACCUGAUCCAACCCGAAUUCGGUGUCCUGCAUCCAUGGGUCCUGAACCUAUCAUAUCUAUUCCAAUUGAUGCAGAUAUGAGUGAUUCUGUGGAAAAACGUAUACAAUUCAGAGUGCGGCAUGCGUCGACUGAUUUUCCAGCAACAGUGAUAGCACAUCAAGACCAUAAAAUUGCCGCGCUUAAGCUAUGUUUAAUUGAACACAUGGGAAUGCCAUUUCCAAGUAAAGAUGGAAAAUGCAAAAUAUUGAUGAUAUGGAACAAACCGGAUUUACUACGUGAUGAACUCCUGAGCGCUUAUGGAGAAAAUGAGUUGGAAAUCGAUCAACGUUUCGUAGGUGGAAGUAUCGACCAUUUAAAACUGGGUGAAUAUGGUCUCCAAAAUGGAGACUUUCUCAUGUUUACGGUUACAUUUCCGCAACUAUUACGAGCUUCGUCUAAUCCUAUUACAUAA